UGAUCCAGGCACAAUUAUUACUUAUAAUUCUGGUAAUACACCAGCUUUUAAUGAAGUUUUCAUGUUGACUCAAUCAAAUCCUGGCGUUUAUGAGAUCCUGCCAUUUUGGGAUUUUAACCAAAAUUAUAUCAUUGGAAUUCCAUCUGGAAGUAAAAUAGUUGGUGACAGUGUCCAACUUAAUACUAUGUUAGUUUUAACAUAUAAUCCUUCUUCCGCAUUCCUAUCAAUCGAUUCUAAUUUAUCAUAA